CGGAUGUAGCAGCAGCAGCAGCAGUCUACAGUACUCUGGCAAGCAACCAUGUAGCGCUGAGAGCAAAAACAUCUUCCUCUCCGACCAGCUCAAGUGCCAUGUUCUUAUAUCCGUAUCGUUAUAAAGUAACAGUGCUCGGAAAAUGUGUCUCAGAGAGUAAACGCACGCUCGGAGAGGAAUUACAGGGCGAGGGAGUCGACAGCGAUACCGAAGCCUGCUAUCCAGGGGCACCACCUCCCCUCGCCUGGAGGUUUGGAAGUGGACAUUUAGCUGGUUUUCUUUUUCAUUAGCCAACCUUGGCGUUUUUUUUCUUUUUCUGUUUUUUCUAGUAGCUCCCAAUGGCUCCAUUUGUUUAACUAAGCGUGCCGUGGACGCGAGAGAAGGGCGUGUAACGCAAAUUGUACCAGGGCAAAGCUCGUUUGCACCGGGGUCCCGUCUCCGCGUUACCGCCCCGUUUUUUCCUCUUGUAGUAAGGCUAGCAGCAACAGCAGGGAGAAAGCCUGCCGGGUGGAGUUGGGCUUGAGGAAUACAACCGAAAGCUGCUUUCGCAAACAUGGGCAAUACAACCUCCUGCUGCGUGUCGUCGAGCCCCAAACACCGGAGAAGCAACCACUCCAGGCUGGAGCCCUACCGGCCCGAGCCGGAGCUGAGUCGCGAAGACACGGGUUGCAACCUCCAGCACAUCAGCGACAGAGAAAAUAUAGAUGAUCUUCCCAUGGAGUACAAUCCCUCAGAUCAUCCCCGCGCCAGCACCAUUUUCCUCAGCAAGUCACAAACUGAUGUUGCUGUGCCCAACAAAAGAGUUCGAGAAAAACGGAAGAGCCUUUACAUCAACCACUUAACACACAUUUCGGAGAACAAGCAUUAUCCAGGCCCAGUGAGACGGAAAUACAGCUCCUGUUCUACCAUAUUCCUCGAUGACAGCACUGUCAGUCAACCCAACCUGAAAUACACCAUCAAAUGCGUAGCCCUUGCAAUAUAUUAUCAUAUAAAGAACAGAGACAUCGACGGAAGAAUGUUGUUAGAUAUUUUCGAUGAGAAGCUUCACCCACUCUCAAAGUCCGAGGUUCCUGCUGAUUAUGACAAACACGACCCUGAGCAGAAGCAGAUCUACCGCUUCGUCAGGACGCUUUUCAGUGCCGCGCAGCUCACUGCCGAGUGUGCCAUCGUCACUUUGGUGUAUUUGGAGAGGCUCCUGACCUACGCAGAGAUCGACAUUUGCCCGGCCAAUUGGAAGCGGAUCGUGUUGGGAGCCAUCCUCCUGGCUUCCAAAGUCUGGGACGACCAGGCGGUUUGGAACGUCGACUACUGCCAAAUUCUCAAGGAUAUCACUGUGGAGGACAUGAAUGAGCUGGAGCGUCAGUUCCUGGAAUUGCUGCAGUUCAACAUCAACGUGCCGUCCAGCGUCUACGCCAAGUAUUACUUUGACCUGCGCUCGCUUGCUGAGGCCAAUAACCUCAGCUUCCCCCUGGAGCCUCUCAGCAGGGACAAGGCGCAAAAACUAGAGGCCAUCUCACGGCUGUGUGAUGACAAGUACAAAGACUUGAGGAAACUAGCUAAGAAGCGCUCGGUGAGCGCAGACAACCUAACAGUGGUGCGGUGGUGUCCGGCCAUCAUUUCCUAACACUGGCUGUCUGCAGAGGAAUGCAUCUUAGACCUGUACUGUAUUUCUGCCUAGUAUGCAGGCAGACCAGGUGGGCAGCAGUCGUGUGGAUCAGUGUCAGUCUGGAAUCUCCUCACACAUACACACGCCCCUUCAACAAUCUGGCACUAUUACAAAUGUUAUUGCAUCCAGACUGGUUGUUGUACAUAAAAGAAGUCCUGUUUCCUGCCUGCACCGAACCAAACGGAGCUAAGCUGAACCAAACUGAACGCUGUUGGAAUGAAGACCACCUAACUUCAGAAGAUAAGCAGCCAGGUGGAAAUACAGAAGUGGAGAGACUUGUGUGAAGUCCAGAAAUGAAAAUAGGAACACGCUUAAAAAGCAGAAUACAGGACGUAACAGCGGCAGCGGCGCUCCAUAAUUCCCUCCAAUGCUCAAGUGCUUGUACAGCUGCUGGAGGGGACGCCGUGUACAUUCCUUUGAUUUUAAUCUUCUGGUUCAGUCAGUACGUUAGCUGAAGCAUGAGAUGAUCGUUUGACAGCUUAUAGACACAUUUCAGACUUUACUUCAAUUUCUCAGUUAGUUUGUGUUUUGUUGGGUGUUUUUGUUCUUUUGCAUUCCCACACAGCAGCUCCCUCUGUUCGCAGAGACAAGCGCAUACAAAAGAAAGACAUUUCACAGUUAGCUUAGCAGUACAGUUGACACGUGGACUACAUAUCCUCAGCCCUCCUUGACAAACAGAAUCCGCUGAGCAUUGUCUCAGAUGGGGACCAUUUGACUGAAGUUUUCAUCAGGAUAACUGACAUUCAACGAGACAAGUCCGUUUUUAGCUCAAGGGCACUUAUUCACCUUGUAGGCAUCCAGUUGCAGAAUAGUAUCUCUGACAGUACGGCCACCCAGCAACCAUUCAGAUAAAGCAAUAUUCAUGCAUCGCUUUGUUGUUGUGAUUAAAUAUAACAAAGCACGCACACAUGGGAGGAGAUUUACUGGAAGACAGAAACGAGACAUACUGUAGAGCUUCUGUUGUACUUUAUUCACUGCCAUUGCCCUGACCUGUGGUGCCUGUAAUAAGCUAGUUAAACACUUCUCCCCUCUCUGCUGGAGAAAAAAAAAGAACAAAUAAGUCUGAAGUAUUUUUUUUCCUCUAGCGUUUUGUACGGUUCUUCCAACUUACAAAGUAACAGCACAAGCGAAAACAUUGACAUUAAAAUGCCAACUAAAAGCAUGAACCUUCAGGGUCGUCACAGACUGAGACGAAUGAAAAAGCUUCGAGCGAUGAUUGAAACACUGCUUACAAAAUGAUAGAUUGUAUACAUUUUGCUAAAUUGUCUUUGUACAGUGUAAAUACAGCACCGUCGUGUGCAAAAAUCUGUAAACUGAGGUCAUAAUGUUAAAAAAAAUACAAAAAGAAUAAGGUUAGAAUAUUUAUAUGGGUCAGUUUAUACUGUAAAUGGGGAGGGGCAAAUAUGUCUAAAUAUGUGUUUCUAUGACAAAUCAAGCAAAGAAGAGAGUCAAGUGUUACGAUUUAAAUAGGAAACACCACUGAAGAUUUUUUGGUCUCUUGUCAACAAUUUCACAAUGCCGAAAAUGCCAUUUUUUUUAAUGUGACAUAAUGUGUGUGGUAUGGAGAUAACACAUGACUAUUUCAUUUCAUUAUUAUUUUUAUGAUUUUUUUGUGUUUGUAAGUCUUCUCUGUGAAACGUUACCCUACUCAUGUGUUUUUGAUAAAAUAAGGAUGUUUGUUUCCUCUGAUGCUGUAAAAUUGGCAAGAUGUUGUAAAAGGUCAUCAGGUGAGUCAAAAAUAUCACUCAGUAUGUCGUUAAAUAAUAAUAAUGUCUGAACUGAGAAUUCAUAUUUGGCAGACUUAUUCUGUUAACACGCAUCACUAACCCUCCUGUUGUCUUUGGCUCAAAUUUAAUUUGUAUCAAUUUCCACUUGAAUUUGUUUUUUUUUAAAUUGGAC